AUGGCUGGCGCACAAGAAAAAUGGUAUUUUACAAAAGUGCAACUACAGAAUUCGCCAAGCAGAAAAUGCGGUUUAGAUGCAGAUAAAGAGUUAGCAUAUAGGCAGCAGGCCGCUAAUCUCAUACAGGAUAUGGGCCAACGGCUUCAGGUAUCACAAUUAUGUAUAAACACUGCUAUAGUGUACAUGCAUCGGUUCUACGCGUUCCACUCCUUCACGCAGUUCCACAGGAACGCUAUAGCUGCCGCUGCUCUCUUCCUCGCUGCAAAGGUGGAGGAACAGCCGAGGAAAUUGGAAUAUGUAAUAAAAGUGGCUCAUGUGUGCCUGCACCGAGGUGAGAGUGUGAACGCUCUCACUCCGGAGCAAUAUCAGGAACAGGCGCAGGAUCUAGUGUUCAACGAGAAUGUACUUCUGCAAACGUUAGGUUUCGAUGUGGCUAUCGACCACCCGCACACGCACGUGGUACGAACCUGCCACCUUGUUAAAGCUCCCAAAGACUUGGCGCAGACUUCGUAUUUCAUGGCGUCAAACAGUCUCCACUUGACUACAAUGUGUCUCCAAUACAGACCUACUAUUGUCGCCUGUUUUUGCAUACAUCUUGCAUCUAAGUGGAGCAAUUGGGCGAUACCUCAAUCUAACGAGGGUCGUCACUGGUUCUCAUAUGUGGAUAGGGAUGUCACUACCGAAAUGUUGGAACGCCUUACUUCGGAGUUCCUACACAUAUUCGACAAAUGUCCGUCUAGAUUGAAACGAAAGAUGAUGACUAUGUCGAACAGUGGUAGUUCACCUCACGCUGGAUCCAGUUUUGAUAAGAAGCACUCGCUGGCCAACAGUGAUGAGAUAGACAAGUCGUUUGAUAAAGAAUACGAAAGGGAGAGGCGUCGACAACAAGCGCCCGGCGGAUACGUGCCCGCUACCGCACCACAAGCAGCGCAGCCGCAAAAGAUAGACUUCAAUUUGUACAGAGAGAAGAGAGAAAGAGAGGAAAGAGAACGGCGAGAGGAUAGAGAGAGACGGCAGCAGGCCUUGCAACAGAGACCGGCGCCACAAAACAGACCCAACAACAACCCCCCGCCACACAACAGACCGCCCCACAAACCCCCACAUCCGUGGCCACACAAACCACCUCACAACAAACCGCCCGACCGACAUCGCCAGAUCCCAUCCACCUCCCAUCCCAUCAACCCGACACCCAACCCUCCAGUACACACGGAAGUAAGGACGCGGCCGCCGUCAUUAUUCUCGCCAGAGAACGCCACGACGCCGACCGCGGCUGCCGCGGCGCCACGACGCAGCAACCCUCCCCAGAGACCUAGACCCGAACCGCGGCCUAGUGUCAGCGCCGCGCAACCACCCAACGUGCCUAAUAUACCGCAUAUACCUCAACCUGUGCCUCAGGAAAAACCAAUCAGUCCUCACAAAAAGAGGCCCGAUCCCACCGCCGUAGUAAGAGACAUGCAACCACCGGCCAUACUGUCGCCGUUCUCGUCGCCUAGAGAAAAACAAAGGCCGAGAUUAAAUUCAAAUUCGGAGCCAGAGCUGGUACCGGUGGUUAAGAAAAUAGAUGAAACGCCCGGCUACGAAAACGUUGUAAGGGAAUCGCAGCGCGGUAACGCUGUCAAAACGCGAGCUCCCGAUAGAAAACCCGAAGCGAGGGCCUUGAAUGGCAUAGAAACUGAUCCUACGUUGGUGUCGAAUUUACUCAAAGAGAGCUUAGCCAAGCCGGCUCCGAUCACUGUGGCGACGGAGAAGAAGUCGCCCGUUGAGAAGAAGGAACCUGUGGAAGUCCCACAACCCAACCCCAUAGAACACCACCACUCUCACCCACAACCUCACGCACAUACACACCCACAGCCUCAUCAUCAGUCACACCCUCAACCACAUCCACACCCUCAGCAGACACCCACAGACGACGGCGACCACAAACACAAGAAAGACAAGAAAAAGAAAGAGAAACACAAACACAAAGACCGGGACAAGUCCAAGGAUGAGAGAAAGAAACACAAGAAAGAUAAAGACAAAGAGAAAGAUAAAGAAAAGAAAGAACAACCGCCGCCAGCGCCGGAGACGGACGGCACGCUAAGGAUAACGAUACCCAGGGAAAAGCUGUCGUCUAGUCCAGGGCUCAAGAUCAAGAUACCAAAGGAGCGACUGGCGGCGCCUCCUCCACCGCCCAGCGGCCUCAAGAUCAAGAUCUCCAAGGAAGUGCUGGAGACAUCAAGGAAGCGGGCCGCGGGCAUGCCGGAGGCCCCGCCGCAUAAGCUGCCGCGACACGACCCCCAUAAGGUGGACGCCAACGGGCACGGCGGCAAGUGACAGCGCAUCGUGUGUCGACGUUCCCCGCCAACCGACCUCCUUGCGUCACCGCCAACGCAUUUGACAGCUUUGGAAUUUGACAUUACACUUUUUUAAUUUUGACGUAUGACGUAACGUCGCCCCCAACCCGGUCAGCUGGGACGUUCCGCCCGACCGUGUUCCAUAUUUGAAUUUUGAAUGAUUGUAUCGCUGAGCUCGCGGCUCUUUGUUUCGAAUUUUGAUUAUUUGAAAAGUCAUUAUGCGUUUUUUUUUAUAUUAAUCGUCGAUCACCGUUCGAUGUCUAAUUCCAAAGUAGGUUACAGUGGUGGAUAAUUAAGGUUACGGUCGUGGUUUGGUUCACCGAUCUUUAAAUGUUUUAUUAAUCGGUUGUAUCGGUUAACCAGAACACCGCUUUAUCAUGCCUGGGCGUUUAAGUGAUGCCAACUGUCAAACUCAUUACUGAAUGUUGGUAUGAGUCCACCCUAUGUAAAUACUGGGAGUGCUGCCAGCUCUUUGUAUAUAUACAGUCCAAAUUAGCCAAACGACUGAUACAUUGAACCGCUUUGUAUUUUUUUGUUUCAUUUCUUGUAUACUUUGCUCUAACAGAAAUGUGGCUCUGAUUGUGAAUAGACAUUUUUUUUUAAUAGUUAAAUGAGAUUAUAUUGUGGUUAGUGUAGAAAAGAAUCUAGAAUGCGAUCGGCCUGUUCAAAAUUACCUCAUCUCUCCGCCGGCAACAUUCUAAUGAUUAUUUUUUUUACACUAAUCGCAAAUGGCGCCAUGUUUGUGCAUCAUACCAUAACUUAGGAUAUAUAUUUUUUUAUAAAUCCAUUAUUGUUAGAGUAAAGUGUGUAACAUUAGUUCUAAUACACGGAAAAGAAUCAGUGAUAACAUUAAAAAGAGUUCCUCGUUAAAUGCUUUUAUAAUACAUAUAUCCCUUAUAUGAAGACUAUCGGAUAAACUAACAGUACUAAACUCGCUUAUAGUUACGGAACACAAGCAAAACCUCUUUGGCGUUAACGCAAACAAACGCGCGUGUUUAUUAAAAAAAAAAAAAAAAAACUACAUACAAAUUAACCAAGGAGGUUUUGCAUGAAUCCUUAAAAAGCGUAAACACGUAAUCGAUUUAUUAAUAACUGGAAAUGCCUUAAUCCCAUUAUUUAUAGCACAAUUCACUUAUACUCGUUAUAACAAUAAGUAAGCCUUAAUAUAACCAAGCCUGGCGCCAGGUGGCGAGCCAUCUGCAGUAACGGGAAAUACGCAUCCAACAAAGAGAUCGGAUAAAAUGUAAUCGUUGUGAUAAAAAUAUUUAAAUACAAAAAAAAAAAUAUUAAUGUAGUAAUCGAAUUUUUUUUUUAAAUAUAAUUAAGGGUUUACUUUAAGUCACACUGAAACUAGGUGACUGUUAUAUAGGGGGCCGGCUUUGCAUAUUUUUUUCACGUCUCUGGCUGGCCCAAGACUAAAUUGGUAUAGUUUUUUUUUUUUUUUAUAUUAGUGGCUGUAAACUAUGACUGAUGAACGAUUUUAGCGCGCAUUCGAUUCCAUUCGUUCUUUGCGAGUGAACGGAACCGAAUGUGCGCCGGAAUGACUCAUUGGUGUACGGAUUCAUUCAAGUGCGAACAGGAACGAAUGAUUCCUCACCAGCCAAUGCGAUCCCGAGUACGGGCGAGUGAAUGGCGAUUUAGUUUAUUAUUUGUGACGAUUCUUAUGAUGCCGACGAUUUAAAUUAGGAUAAGUACAUUAUGAUAACGGAAAAAAAAUGAAAAAAAAAAUAUUAUGACGUUUACUAGCGACGAACAAAAGUUUUGAAAAAAGUAUCCGCUUUACAGACAUAGUUAGACAAUUUGAUGGCGCGUGACGAACAGACGCGACGUUGAUUUAUAUAUGGACAUAUAUAAGGCAUUUUUUUAUUAUUAUUAAUAUUCUAACUGACGAAUAAAUAACGUACGCGUCUCUCCGGACGUCCUCAGGAAGACUCCAGAUAUUAGGUUUCAAAGAAAUUAAUUUAAGUAACGAUAGCUAUUAUUUAAGAUUGUAAAUUUGUAUAAAAAUCUGUAGCUCCGUUUGAUCAAAGAGGUUUCCAUCUAAACAAGCGACGGUCCAUGUUCUUAACGAUGUGAUACGGGAGUGCGCCGCGGGUUUGUCUGUGUUGACCAAAUAAUAUUAUAUGUACGCUGAAAAGUAUUAUCAAAUUAAAUAUAUAUAUAUAUAUGAAUAUAUAUAUUAAUGAUUAUUUUUGCGGUUCAUCGACCGAAGUAUUCGGUUUAAAAUAAUUUUCUAUAGAUUUUUUUUUUUUUUAAAUAUCGUUUUGAAAUUACCCGGUCUGGUUGGUUUUAAAAUGAAUACUUUGGUACUGUCGUUGAAGCUGUUAGUCUAAUGAGAUCCCUUAUUGAAAAUAAACAAAACGAAAUCGUUUUUUACAACAUG